AUGACGGUCUUGUCCCAAAGUAGGAAAGCGAGACAUCCUAUGCUAUAUAGAGAUUACCGCAUUGAUCCAGAGUGCAGUCCACUAUAUAUUCUCAUGGUUUUGAAUCUCAUCACCUCAGAGAUGUCCGAAGUUGACGAGACGAAGGGCCUCCAGCCAAGCAAGAGAACACAGGAACGUCAGCCUCCACAACAUGCUCGCAUAGACCCUCAUGACAAACAUGAACGCAGUGAGAGGGAACAAGCGUUGGAAGUCCCGGAAACGCAGGACUGUGAUUAUGAUAAGAUCCAAGAUUGGCUAAAUCAGAGCUUUUACGAUCAUGGAGACCCUGAACCCGCAGGCGUGAAUAGUGAUUUUGCCCAGUUCAAAGUAACUGGCCGGUGCAAAUUUACCGCUGAUGUGAUACUACCUUACCAGAUUGGCCGCAAGAGGAAGCUUUCUUUGACUUCUAACGCACCUUCUGAGGCAACCUCCGAGGCAACGACUGUACAGUGCCCCGACCUUGCCGAUGAUGUUCAGCCCAUGCCAAGUCAGGUCCAGGAGGAUCAGAAGGAGGCCGGCGCAAUCACGUCGGGGUUCAACCUGGUAAUUCAGCGAGCAGGUUGUACUGCUCUCACUACCAUAUCGGACCCGCCUGUUUCAGAAGUGAGGCCACCGAAGCAGCUGAAGCCGGACCAUGAUCAAGUCCAAAGCCGCGAUUGA